GCUCCCUUGAGCUUGAUCCAAGGUCCUCCGGGCACAGGAAAGACCACGACUACCUGUCACCUCGUCCGCCGGCUGGUGGAGAAGCACUGCCAGGACAGCCGUGGCUGCAACAUCUUGGUUGCUGCUGACAGCAACGUGGCCGUGGAUCAGCUGCUGGCAGGAUUGAUCCGUUUGGGUGUCAAGGCACUUCGGAUUGGCUUUCCGUCGAAGGUGAGCCAGGAGCUUCGCGCACAGACCCUUCAGGCCCAGGCCGAGGAGCACCCUCUGAACUCGAAGAUCGAGGAGACGCGGGAGGCCCUGUCCAAAGUGAAGGACGCAUUGUACUCAGGUUCGCUCAAGGGCAAGGGCAAAGGCCUUGCCCACCGUGACAUCUCCUUGCACGUUCGGGACAUCCAGAAGUACGAGCAGGAGGUGACCGACGACUUGAUUGCCAAUGCUGAGGUCAUUUGUGCCACGCUGGUUGGCUGCGGCUGCGAUGCCUUGCUGCGGAGUAACUUCCACACAGUGGUGAUCGACGAGGCCUCCCAGGCCACCGAGCCACGUUGCCUCAUCGCCUUACAGAAGGCGCAGGCGCAGCUUGUGAUGGUCGGCGACCAACAGCAGCUCCCACCAGUGGUCCUCUGUCCCGCUGCAGAGGAGAAGGGACUGCGAUGCUCGCUCUUUGACCGCUUGCUCAAUUCCCCCACUCUCUUCAACCAGGAGAUCAACAUGCUCCAGGUGCAGUACCGCAUGCAUCCGUUGAUCCGUGAGUGGCCGAGUUCGCAGUUCUACGACGGCAGGCUGCAGGAUGGCCUGCCGAUGAGCACUUUUUCGUCGUGUGUGAUGACCAAGCCGUUUCUCAGCAAGUCGCAGCGCAAGGCACCGAUCCUGUUGCUGGAUACCUCGGACGAUGGCAGCGAGGCCUAG